AUGGGAGCCGGGAGUGGAGCUGGUGUUGCAGGAGGCAUAUUAGCCACAGAGAUCUGUGCUCCUCUACUGCUUCUCUGCUGGUUGUGCUGCUGGCCUGAUGAUUCUAAAUCUGAUGGUGACUCUCGUAGACGUUCCCAUGACUUUUUUAGUCGACGUAUUGGCAGUAGUGCUGUCUCCUUACAUCUUCCAAGUACCUCAGGCAAUGUGAAACAGCCACUUUCAGCUCACAGAAGUCACGAAGAAAUUCGUAGUCGACGUAAAUCACAUCACGAAGUAACUGAAUCAGAAACACGCUACCAUUCAGCGCCCAGUGUUAUAGACGAAGUACUCCACAGGAGAGACUGGGAAAGAUCUACCAAAGAUCUCCAUAUACCUUUGAGACCAGAUGCAGAAAUCAAAGAUUCCGAUUUGAGCCUUAAUUCGGAAUUAGCACCUCGUGCUGAACCAGAAUCAUCUUCUCCUGAAUGCAGUAAGCCUGUAGAACACCAAACUAGAGCGUGUAAGAAACAUUACACAAACAUUAAAUCGUCACGAGGCAGGAAAGAUAAAGAAUCUAAUAGAGAUGAUAUAAAGGAUACUGAUGCUACUGAAAUGUCUAGUUUUUAUAUUGGAGAUGUUAAUGAAGAAGCGUCUGCACUAAGCAAGGUUCCUUUCAAUGAUGACAAUGAAUUAUUUGAUGAUAGGACGAAAACAGUAUAUAGAGCAAAAGAAGCAAAACAAUCUUUAAAUGAAUCUAUUAGAUCAAAAGACCGCCCCAAACAAACCUUAGUUCCGUUGGAAGAACAUCAAACGUCAAAGGUUUUCAGUUACUGGCUGGAUGAAGAUGUAGACCAAAUUGAUAGAUCUGGAGCCGUGCACCACAAUAUCGAAUCUCGUGUCAGUUUGAGACCAUAUCCUCCACCAUCUGUUGAAACUGUUGGCUAUGAAGGUGGUGCCUGCUACUUAGCUGAAGUAGGCUCCGUGUCGGAGCUACGAGCAAAGCCAGUUAAUACAGAAGUGGUAUCAUCAGGUACAAUGCGGGCACGACACGCCAGCGACGGAGAUAUACUAGCACCACCUCAGAGACCAGAGUCUGGAGCAUUCUCUGAAAGCGACUUGGAUUUAGAAUUAGACGAGAGUGAAGAGCGUCCACCAGAAUACCACGAGUUACAACUCUGCUCUGCUCCUGACCGUAAGGAAACUGCUAUAUAA